GGUGUUAACAACGACGGUGUCUUUUCCAAUUUAAUGGCCAAACCCACAAUAGAACCUGAAGAAAACGACGAUAUUCCUCCAUCAUAUGAAGAAGCCGCUGCUGAUCAAGCUCCUCCCUAUUGGGAAUCAACUGUCUUAUCUCCCUAUGGCGAUGAAGUCUUUGUUGAUGGUUUACCUGUAGGAAAUUUCAUCAAUUUUCUCUGGAAUCUCAUGGUUUCUUCUGCUUUCCAAUUCUUGGGUUUUUUAUUAACUUACCUCUUACACACUUCACACGCCGCAAAACAAGGUUCAAGAGCUGGUUUGGGUAUAACUUUCAUAUCCUAUGGUUACUAUUUAAUUCCUGACUAUUACAGAGAUAAUUUUUCCGAUUCAAAAUUUGAACCAAAUAAUCCAAACAAUUUCGAUGUCACUAGUGAUAACACCCUUAAUGGCAAUAUAAACAAUUAUCAUUCAAAUUUAGAUGACACUUUUAGUCAAGGUACCGAUGAUACAAACUCCUCCAAUGCUGACGAUAUAGAUGGCGCCGACUCAACUAUUUUUGCUUAUGGUGUAAUAGCCGUUGGUUUAUUCAUAAUAUUCAAAAGUUUAAUUGACUACCAUAGAGCAAGACAAAUGGAGAGAGUAAUUUUACAGGCUCCAAGUAAUGUUGUAUAA